GGCAGGAAGAGCAUUCCCUUCAGUCUUGUCAUUUUCUUUUAUUCUUCAAAGAUUCAUUCAAUUCUUUGUAUUUUUUUUUUUUUUUUUUGUCAAACUUACCCAAUUACAUUUCACAUCAGCAUUAGAUGAUUGUUUGAUUUACUUUCUACUUUUUUCAUCGUCCAAUUAUUAUGGGAUUACACUUGAAAUUAUGUUCAGAUUCUUCUCUUAGAACGGCGAAUCCGAAACGCCGCCGGCGAGAAUUUUCUCUAUUUCCAUGCAAAAAACCUAGGAAAGAUAUUCUCAGUAUAGCUUCUUUGCAGAUAACACCGUUUGGUCUCCCUUUAAUAUCGAAAACUACCGGUACUUCCUGUGACUGUAUGCUUCUCGAGCCCUAUAAGCUCUACACUAUUGGACGCAGUAAUCAGUACUGCGACUUUUUGUUCUGUGAGCCUCGUGUUAGCAAAGUUCACUGCCAAUUUUUCUUUGAUUUGUUGAACAAGAAGAUAUAUUUGUCUGAUGGAGUGUUUUUGAGCUUUGGUGCAAACUGUAGUUCUAGGGUUAGGGCAUCAUUGAAUGGAGUGUUUGUUAAUGGGAUUAGGAUUGGAAAGGGAGAAGUUGUUGAAAUUUGUGCAGGCGAUGAGGUUUCGCUUGUUUGUGGGAAAGGAGAUGGUUGUGCUACAGGAAUUCAGAUAGGAUUUAGUGUGACAAAAGUAAUGUAUGCUGCAGAGAUUGCUGACAGGCAUGUUAUUAAUUGUAAUGGAAGUGGUGUAUACUCUGAUUAUGCUCUAGUUAGGUCUAAAAAUGGUGGAGUUACUGCAAAAGCAAAUAUUUUGUUGAAUAUGUCUAGGGAAAUAUUGUCUUGUAAUGACCCUAUAAAAUGUAUUAGAAAAUGUGUUAUCCUUGAUCAUGACAUGGGGGCUACUCAUAAAGUUACAAAAGUUGCAUCUCUGGUAUUGCAAGAAAAUGUUGAAGUUCCUCCAAUGGGUGAUGGAGCUGUGAGAAAAGAUGUCUCACUUUGUGAGGGUCCAGAAGCUGGCCACAGUUUGGCGUGUGAAUAUUGUCAACAAACAGCUCAAACUUCUGAGAGAAAUACCAAGUUCGAGUGCUGCAACAAUGAUCAAGAAAUAAGAGAACAAAUGGAUAAUACUGGAGUUGAUCUUGAGAAUGGCAUUGUUGCUAAUGAUAAACAUGGCGCUCUCUCUUUGGAGUGCAUGGAGAAGGAGGCUGUUCCUCAGGUUGCAGGUGUUGGGCAAGAAAGGGAAGGGGUUCGUUUUGUUCCACCUCCAGGAAAGAUGUUCUAUUUGAAUCAGCUUCACUGUAUCAACCAAAGUUCAUCAGAAAAUGUUGUUUCAUUGCCAGAGCUUCUCCAUCCUGUUAACAGCAUUGAUAGGCUGUUUGUUGCAACAUUCUCAAGUGAUAUUCUUUGGUUUCUUUCAUAUUGUGAAAUUCCACCCUAUUUUCCCAUCACUAUUGCUUGCCACAGUGCUGAAAGGUGUUGGAGCUCGAGCCCUGAUAAAAGGACCUCAAUGCCUUACCCAGAAUUUCCAAAUUUGAUAGUUGUGUACCCUCCAUUUCCUGAGGUUAUAGCUUUUGGGAAAGACCGGAGGAAAUCAGGUAUUGGUUGUCAUCAUCCGAAGUUGUUUCUUGUGCAAAGAGAAGACAGCAUUCGAGUUGUGAUCACUUCAGCAAAUUUGGUACCAAGACAGUGGCAUGGGGUGACCAAUACAGUUUGGUGGCAGGAUUUUCCACGCUUAAGUAGUCCAGACUAUUUAUCAUUUUUCACCCAAUUGCCUGAAGGAGGAGUUGAUAAAGAUUCAAGAUCUGAUUUCUCCACUCAGCUGGUUGGAUUUAUAGCAUCUCUGCUAGCUGAUGUACCAAGUCAGGCAUACUGGAUCCUUGAGUUAGCAAAGUAUGACUUUAAGGGGGCUGUGGCAUACCUGGUUACUUCCAUACCUGGAGUUUACUCACAUAGGAGUCCUUUAUUUUCUGAACCGAGAUAUUUCUUAGCUGGUGGUCAGCCCAUGCCAUUGUCUCAUCAUGUAAAGUCGCUUGGUUCUGUUGAAGCAUCUGUGGCUGGUCUAAGCUAUAUUUUCCGUACUUCGGCUGAUUCAAAUGGGGCAAGACUGAAGAAACUUGCUACCUUCCUUAGGAAGUGCAAAGAAAAUAUGUAUGGGAUGACAGAGGUUGUUCUAAGAAGGGAUUCAAAGAUACCAGCUGAUGCAAAUGCUGUUAGCAUUCUUGUUCCAAACCCAGAAGAAGUUUUCAUGGGAGAUUGUGUUCAACUUGGGUUUCUUCCAAAAGAUGUUGCAAAGUGGGUUGCUCCACUUUCAGAUGUUGGCCUAUUUUCAUUUUCAGCAUAUAUCUAUCCAGAGGAGGUUCUUGGUGCAGCUUUAGAAGGAAGCAACAACAAAGUAAAACUGCUGCUCCAUGUCUUUCAGGGUCCAUCUUUUUCGUCUAUCUCAAAUAUAACAAGCACUGAACAUAUUUCUGCAACAUGUUCACUAGUUAGAGCUCUUCAGAGGCGUUUUGGUCUGUGGCGGCUCCAUGAGGUCUUAGGUCAGUAUAAAUGGCCUGAACACACAGAAAAUGAUUUUGUAUUUGGUUCAUCAUCCAUUGGAUCUAUCAAUGCACAAUUUCUAGCUGCUUUUUCAGCAGCAGCUGGAAAACGAUCAUUACGGUGUUCUGAGUCUGAGGAGUCUGAUCCAGAUUGGAGCUGCUGGAGUGCAAGUCAAGAAAUAAGAAACCCAUCUAUUAGAGUUAUUUUCCCUACUGCUGAAAGAGUGAAAAGUUCCAAAAGUGGAAUCUUAUCAUCAAGACGUAUCUUAUGCUUCUCAGAGAAAACAUGGCAAAGGUUGAAACCUGUGGGUAUACUACAUGAUGCCAUUCCUUGUCCCAGUCACAGAGAUGGGAUCCCUAUGCACGUAAAGGUAGCCAGAAGAAGGUUUCAGUCUAAGGCUGAUGUUCCUUCCUUUGGAUGGGUUUACUGCGGAUCACACAACUUCAGUGCAGCUGCAUGGGGGCGUCCAAUUUCUGGUCCACUAGACAGGAAAGCCAACAACAACAUGAGAAGUAAUUCUGUGUUGGGUUCACGACUUCACAUUUGUAACUAUGAAAUUGGUGUUGUUUUCAUUGUCCCCCCAACAGAUACUGGGGAUUAUGCUAAUAGCGAGGCCAAACUCUUGGAUGAUAUUGCCUUGCCCUUUCUUGUACCUGCUCCGAAGUAUAAACCCACCGAUUGGCCAGCUACACCACGAGCUAUGAAGGAGGCACUGGCUGAACUUAGUGAGCGAGAGAAACAUAUUCUCGAGUCGGCAGCAAUUUCCGGAGAGUGGAUGGAGGAGGAGAUUCCAGAUGAAAACGACGAAAUUUUGGAGGAUACUGCAUAUGUUGCAGCAGAAAAGGAAGAUGAGAAGGCUUAUGCAGAUAGACUGUGGUGCCAAGUUGAUUCUUUGCAGUGUCGUUAAAAUCUUGUAGGGACCACUUCUGGCCAUAAUCAAAUAUGCACAAGGAGGAAACUGCAUGUCUGCCGACUGCUGAGGAUGUUUCUUACUACAUCGUACUGAAGAGGGUAAAAGUCACUCAAGGAACAAAAGGCAGGAAAAUGGGAAGACAACUUGGAAGCGAUGAAUUUGGUUGUAAGUAAAAGGUACGUUUUGUUUUCAUUAUUCCAUUGACUUAUAAUGUGAACACUCAAUUGCGUGGAUAGUUUUUGCUUCGUGUUCAGUGUGAUGGAUUGCACAUGGGGUGUUCAGCUCACCACAUCACUUGCACACUUUCUUACGUUAAAUAUUCAAAUAACUUAGUCUAA